AUGCAUUUUACUCUUAAAGAAGAUAAUUAUAUAGUUAUUGAAGUUGGAUCUUGGAGAAUCAAAGCUAUAAGAGGUGUAAGCGAUACCAAUAGACCUCCUACUGUGUACCUUCCUACUGAAGUUGGUAAAAAAAUCGAAUUUGAUAAUAAUGACAAUAAUAGUUUAGAUGAACAACAAUUAUUAUCAGAACAAACUCAAUCACCUGAAAACUUUCCAAUCAAAGAUCAUCAAUACAUUUGUGGUAAUCAAUUAAAUGAACAAAUUAAUGAAAACAAUGAUAUCAUUAUUUCUUUUCCAAUUAAGCGUGGAAAAGUUGAAGAUUGGGAUCAAUUAGAAAUAUUAUGGCGUCAUUUGCUUUUGAAAGAAUUAAAGGUCAAACGAUCUCGUAAUGAAUGCCCAGUAUUGUUAUCAAUUCCUGAUAGUUGGAACAAAGAAUGUUUAGAAAAAAUUGCACAUAUUUUUUUUGAAUCAUUUAAUGUUCCAGGUCUUUAUAUAACAAGUAAUGCAUUGAUGUCACUUUAUGGCUGUAAUAGCAUUACUGGUCUAGUGAUUGAUAUUGGUUAUGGUACAACAGAUGUGACACCAAUAUUUGAGUGUAUGGUUCAAUAUCCAGCAAUUCAAACAUUGAACAUUGCAGGACAAGAUUUUGAUGAGUAUUUUCUUUCAUUGUUAUUAUCAGACACACAAUUUUUACAGGAAUAUGGCGAGACUCCUGAUAUCAAUUUUGCAAGGAUGCUUAAAGAAACAGAUAUUUGUGAAGUUGUAUUAGAUCUUAAUACAAUAGAUGAAAAUUCUAGAAAGGAAGUUGAAUAUCAUGGCAAAAAGUUUACUAUAGGUUCAGAAAGGUUCAAGGUGGCAGAACCAUUAUUCAAUCCAAGCUUAAUACAAAAAAAAGAAUAUUUAUCAUUACCUCAAGCAAUUUAUCUAUCAGUUAGUAAUUGUGAACCAGAUAAACGAGUUUUAUUAUGGGAUAGUCUUUUAUUAACUGGUGGAUCAAUUUGUUUAAAAGGACUUAAAGAACGACUUGAUCAUGAAUUGUCGUUAUUUGUUUCAUCAAGUGAAAAUAUAGGUGAAUUUCAACUAAGAGAUUUUAAAUUUUUGAGGAUUCCGGAAUAUUAUCCAAAUCUUAAAGAUAAACAAGAAUCUGCAGGAUUUUUAGGUUCUUGUAUUACUGCAAAGCUUAGUUUUCCUGAUCCAAAAGGUUUCAUUAACAAAAUAGAUUACAAUGAGAGUGGUCCAUCUGUUGCUCAUACAAAAAGUUACUAA